GUAUGUGAACCAAUAAAAGGAGUAUUGUCCCUUUAAUUGUCAUUUUCAUUUUUAGAUAACUCUAAAGUAAAAGUAGAGAAAUUGCGUCAGUACAAUCAAUCCACCAGGACGAGAUCAGAUAUUAUUGAUUUGUAUCUUUGAGGUUGUCUGGUAAAUCAAAAUGGAUUUGUCAUAAUGGCACAGACAAGAAAAGAAGUGUUGUCACUUUAUAAAAGAAUACUCAAUACAGCUCGUAAAUGGAAUUCAGCAUCUGGUGAUUCUACAGAAUGCAAAACAGAGAAACAAUAUAUUAAAGAAGAAACUAGAAUGUUAUUUAAGAGAAAUAAAGAGGUAACAGAUCAGGAAGAAAUAAAAGAAUUUAUAAGAGAAGGUGAAACAAGGUUAGAGUUAGCUUUACACUAUAGAACCCCCUACCCAAGACCUGUUAACAUACCACAGAGUACUUUACCACCUGGAAACUUUAAAAUGAAAAAAGCUCAGAAGCGUGUAAUAGAACAGUCUAAACCAAUCUAUAUCAAAUCUUAUAAAGACAAUACGUGACCAUGUUACAGACAUAGCUAUAUAAAUCCAGGAUUUAAUGUCAAAUACAAUAUGACAGUUAUAGGUUGAGCUUUCAUCCCAUUUCUACAAACUAUAUAAAAACCAUAUGUAUGUUAUGAAAGUGUUUAUUAUGUUGUGUGGUAGUUUCUUAAGGAACCUAGUGAAGAAACAAGCUGUUAUUAUCCAGUCUGUCAGGCCGGAGAAAAUACUAAUAAAGAAUGGAUCUGUG